GGCGUGCGCGGGGCGUUUCCCGCCGUUUUCCCCUCAGCGCGGGAGCCGCCAUGGAGCCGCUCCGGCCUUGGCUCGUCCCGUUCCUGCUGCCCGAGCACUGCUUCGAUCAAUUCUUCCUGCGCUUCCAGCUCCUCCAUGUUCCGUGCUUGAAAAUCCUCCUGAGCAAAGUUCUGGGCUAUGGGAUCGUGGCAGGAUCCGUCCUGGUGAAGGUUCCCCAGCUGCUGAAGGUUUGGGGGUCCCGCAGUGGGGGGGGUCUCAGCCUCCCCUCGGUGCUGCUGGAGCUGUUGGCCCUGGGGGGCUCCGUGGGCUACGGCUGCGCCAGGAACUUCCCCUUCAGCGCUUGGGGGGAGUCGCUCUUCCUCCUCCUGCAGACCCUCACCCUCCUCUUCCUCAUCCUGCACUUCGGGGGCCGCACCGGCCGAGGGCUGGCGCUGGUGGCCGUUUUUGGGGCGUUUUUGGGGCUUUUGGUGUCUCCGCUGACGCCGCUGAGCUUCGUCACCGCCCUGCAGGCCCUGAACCUGCCCAUCAUCAUCCUCAGCAGGCUGAUCCAGAUCGUCACCAACGCCCGGCAGGGUCACACGGGGCAGCUCUCGGGGGUCUCCACGGGGCUCCUUUUUGGGGGGGCCCUGGCCCGAAUCUUCACCUCCCUCACGGAAACGGGGGAUCUCCUUUUGGCCUCCACCUUCGCGGCCUCGGCCACCUGCAACGGGGUCCUGCUGGCCCAGGUGCUGCUUUUGGGGGGCUCCCGGGACCCCCACCCCAAAAAGGAGUGACCCCAAAAUCUCCGGCACCCCAAAAACCCCCAAAAAUCCCCCCAAAAUUGGGAUUUUUUUGGGGCUUUCCAGGGGAUUUUGGGGCGAUGCCGAAGCUCUGGAACCCUCAAAAUCUCACCUGGGAUGAUCCCAAAUUUUUAUGGGACCCCCUAAAAACCUUCCCGGGAUCCCCCAAAACCUCAGGGACCCCAAAAUUCCCCCCCGGGACCCCAAAAAAUCCCUCGGACCAAGGUGGGGUGGGGCUGCACCCCCCAAGAUGGGAAAUGGGCGUGGCCAGAACGCCCCUCCCCCACCCCUCAAAUAAAUUUGGGGUUCCCCCAUUCCAGGGGAGUCUCCCCCCCUUUU